CGCCGCAUACGACGAGCCCGCGCGGGCGCUGGUGGUUGCAGCACCGGCCCGGCCAGGUAGGCGCGCGCUUGGUGGCUGGGCGGCUGCAGUGGCGGGAGGGGCAGUCGACUCCUCCUCCGCGGCCGCCGCCAUGGCAUACCGGCAGCUCCGCGCGCCGAAGCAGGCAUCCACGACCGGCGGCGCCAAGGUGCCGCAGGGGCACGUGCCGGUCUGCAUCGGCGAGGAGGGCGGGCCCGUGGAACGGUUCGCCAUGCGCGCGGACCUGCUGGGCCGGCCGGCCUUCGCGGCGCUGCUCCUGUGCGCCUCCCAGGAGUACGGGUACGGCCACCCCGGCGCGCUCCGCAUCCCCUGCCCCGUCGCCGACUUCCGCGGCCUCCUCGUCCGCCUCUCCGACUUCCCCUACGCCGACGAGUGCUAGGGGCCGUCCUCCGCACCUUCUCGGCCUGCCGCUGGAGAACUCUGCCCCCACCCGACGGCGAGGUGGGCGCGUGCGAGGCGCGAGCGGGCGAGGUGGGCGCGCACGGGGCGAGCGGCGGACGCGUCUGGGAGCUCCAGGCGUGCGCAAUGGCUGCCGGGGGCGAGCACGAGCACCCCGGGCGCGGCAGCUACGGGGCCGAGCAGGUGGGGUGCAAGGGCAGCGAGGCGCGGCGACGAGCGGGUGGGAAGGUGCGGGACGGACAUUUUUGGGUCGCUCUGUCGCGGUGGGCACCUCGAACACAAGCUGGACACGCAUGUCCAUUUUCGUCCCCAUUGCCACCCCAAACGGAUGAAAUCCGGACAAAACGGACGUCUGUUUGGGGUCGUGCGGUGGAGUUGGCCUAAAGGGCACUACUAGGCGCUGGUGCGCCGGCCGAAUUUCGGCCGGUCAGUGUGCACCCAUACGAUUGCAGCUUCAUCUGCCGUUGGAUCUGGACCUUUUUUUUCUUCCUCGUCUCGCACAUCAUGCCAGAACAAAAAAAAGGAAUCUCUGGCGCACCCGCCCCGCUCACGCAGCCCACCAUGGCCGCGCGUGCCGCUGAUUCGAAGCACCGUCGACUCGCCGUCCCCGCAGCACUGGUCCUCGCUGGAUCUGGCAGGACACCAUCGCUGCACCAAGCCGUCGCCAUGUAGC